AGCGUUUUGUUACUCUAUUCAAUGUUCCCUCUCACUCGCCGUCUAUUUCCGCCGGUUCGUCGACGAAGAAGCUCAGGAGAGGAAAGUCAGGGCCAGCGAAAUGGACGUCGGUGAAGAAAUCAGGGCUGCUCACAAGCGAGACUUUCUGGAAUUCCUUGAACAGGAUGUUGGGAAAGGAAUUUACAUGGACGAGAUCAAAGCCAUGAUUAAUCAUAAGCGACAUUGCCUCAUAAUCAACAUUUCUGAUCUUCUCUCAAUUACAUUCUUGUUCGAUUGGAAAUUUACAGUUCUCUUGUUAGACCAAAAGUUGUCAAAAGUGUUCAUUUCUGCCCCACAACUAGGAGUUUUACCAGCCAUGAAUACCGUGACAUUACAUCCAACAUGGGCUUGCCCGCUGGAUCUGUGUAUCCCACAAGGGAUGAAAAUGGCAACUUGUUGAUUACCGAGUAUGGCUUGUGUGGAUAUAAAGAUCAUCAAACCUUGUCAAU